AGAAGGUUGCAGUUGGUAUAGACAUCUAAUUAUUAUAGUCCAUAUCUCAAACAUAUCAAUUAUGAAUAAUACUUUCAAAGCACAAAUAUUUUUCAAUUUAAAAAGAAUAAUUCUAAAUUUAUUUAGAGGUGAUUAAAUCUACGAGUGCUAUAAAGUCCAUGGUAAAAAAAGCUUAACGAAUAAUUGUACUGUAUAAAAGUUGAAUACUACUUUUUGUAUAGAUAAUGCCUAGUGAUUCAAAAUGGCCACUCACAUAGUGUAAACAACAUGGCGUCAAGUCAUUCAAAAGAUACACUAGUAAAGCUAAAUAUGCAACCAGACACUGAAUUUUCUUGCCUGAAUGGGAAAAAAAUUGAUUAAACCUGAAUAUCAAAGCAAAUGACAAGAUGCCAUCCACAAUUCAAGCUAUAGAUUCUACAAGAUCGCACUCUAUAAAACCAGCACAAGGACUUCGUUAUGGGAAUUUUGAAGGUGUCAGGAACUUACCUCCUAUCAGGAAAAGUGACAGCUAUAGUGAUCAGAACUUAUGGUCCAUGAACAAUGAACAGAUCUAUCGAACAGUGUGUCAAUGGAUGGAAACAUGGCGGCCAUGGCAGCAAAGAACUCUCCUAUGUGGCAUAGCAAACAGAUGUUCUGUCAAUCAGCUUGAAAUUUUGUCAACCACUUUGGAACCUCUAAGGCAUAGAGAUUACAAGACGGUAUCUUUAGGGAGAUAUCCAUCUGCCCCUUUCAAGGAAGAUAAGAAGGGGUCAGUCACAAAGCCAAAAAAGGAAAAACCAGUCAGCAGGUCGUUAACACUUUCCAGAGACAAAAAGAAGUCAAUACUUUUAGCUGAUACAUUGGACAAUGUGGCAGAUAUUGAACAUAUCAAAUCAUUUGUUAGUGAUGAUGCUUCUCAGGUGAACCAAAAGCCACUAAGAAAACCUGCUGUUGUAAUAUCCAGUGAUAAGGCCCCAGAGUCAAAGAGACAUUCUGAUAGUCAUGAGGCUCAAACAGGAGGCCCAAAGGAGUUCCCACUCCCGCAUGAGAAAGAAGGUGCACACACUGCUGAACCUGUCUCAGAGCCUAUUGACCAGUAUGCAUCGUUACUGUCAAGUUCAAUCAUGUUAUCAGCUUUAAAUGAUGCUUCUGCCCUGACCUUUUAUGACACAAACCAAUUCAGCACGUCAAGAGAAGGCUCUAACCUGUCAAAAUCAAAGUCGUUUACCGAGGAAGGUAACGAGGAAAUGCAGAUGAAUGAGCAAAAGGAACUGGACAAUUGUAAAUCCCCCACAGAGUACAACCUUAUUUUAAAAUCAAAAGAGAAUAAUGUUGAAUUUUUGUCUGACUUUCUCAAUGGUCAGGAAAAUAGGAAAUCUUCAUCAAUUGAGAAGACAGAUAGCAGGUCUUUGGCAAGUGAGAGAAAGUCUCGACCAGUCACCCUUAGCUCAAGAGCUUCUUCGACAAAAUUUCUUGGUGGCAAUUUGGAAUUUGCUUCUCAAUCAUAUCGUAGCUGGCUUGAUCGGGAGCCAAGCCAGUCUAGUCAGUUUCGACGAAGUGCCUUUGCUUCAUCGGCAGCUACCACCACAGACUUCUUUGACCGUGAAAAGUUGGCUGUACUAGGUCCAAUGCAGCAUCCCGAGGGUGCUGAUUCUUUCCAGAAGCAUGUGGAUUUCAGUUUUCUGCCAAUCCCCCUUCAAAAAUAUUACAAGAACUCCCGUUGGUGGCCUGCACAACCCCCACAAGGCAAAGUCUUCCAGCAGGCUAGGAAGCAGGAGCUGGCUAGCAACUUCAAAGAACAGCUGUUGAUUAUCUGGGAUUGGAUGUGUGAAUGGGAGGACUUUGAAAGGAUUGCAUUUACCAAAGAAGUGGCAAAAAUGUGCUCUGCUGAUGUACUGGAUGUUUUUUUGUGGCACAUCAAGCAAAGGCUUCAAGAUUCCAGAGACAUCUGCCGCCUUCCAGAUAAAGUGUUGCUGUAUGUGUUUUCAUUCCUGUCUGCUCGGGAUAUCUUUCAGGCCUCACAGGUGUGUAGGAGAUGGCGCUACCUCUGUGCAAUUGACAAUUUGUGGAUUCUAAAAUGUUUGGAAAUGGGUGAGCAGGAAGGAGUGUCGAAUCUACCAGAGCUGAUCCAACAAGCCAACAAACAAGGCAUGAGUGUCGACUGGAAACUGGCUUACUGUCAACUCAAUGAUCUGAUGUACAUGCUGAGAGGAAGCCUGGAACAAACUGACGAGUCUCUCACUGAUGGUUUACCAGCUGAGGAGGAAGAUUCCAUUGGCACCGAUAGAAUUUGGACAGGAAUUAUAAGACCCACAGCUGGAGACUUUCAUGAGAAACCCAAGAGUACUGUGGAUGGAAAGAGAAAGGUGGACAAAGGAAAAGUUACAAUCCGUUUGAAUACAGGUGUAAGAGAGAGACUGGAACAACGUGACCAGCGUAAACUGUCGGAGGAAGGAGCAGGCCGGCGUGGGUCAAGGCCGCUGGACAGAGACGGGAGUGACAUGGACAGUGCUUUCUCUGAGGAGGACCUAGCUCCCUUGCUAGAGGAAUACAACAUGCUUAAAAUGGAAGAACCCCAAGUUCCUACAGCCCACUGGAGCAGAACGCCAAGAAAGAGCAUCUCCCAGAGGCUCGCGCCUCACGAUACUUUGACAGAGGAGGCUACUCCAGCUGUUAGCUCCACUGGUAGAAAUGUAUCAUCGAAAGGCUCCUCUCGCUCGACUAAAAAGGAAGAAGAGAAAGAAGCUGCUCUAGACAUUCGCACUGACCUGUCACAGAGUAGGGAUAUCCUUGGAAAGAUGGUCAGUCGAACAAACCUUGAGUGGGAGACAAAGGAGACUUACGCUGACUACAUGCGAACUACUUUGUAUGCCGGUGAGCUCAUUCCCGUGAAGAGGAUGAGGAGGUUGCAGGGUCAUGUAAACUGCAUUUCUUGCCUGUACUUUGACAACCGUCGCUUAGUAACCUGUGGGCUUGACAGACAGAUUCGACUUUGGGAUGUCCGGAGUGGGCGAAGUUUGCACAAAUUCCUUGGUCACAAAGGUGGAAUUCGUUGUGUGCAGUUUGACAAUGAUAUCAUGGCCACAGGAUCCUGGGACUGUCUCAUUUUGAUCUGGGACAUGAAGCAGUUCACAAACAUCACCACUCUCCAGGGCCAUACUGAUUCUAUCACAUGCUUGGCAUUCAAUGGGGAUCUUCUGAUCUCUGGCUCUGAAGACAAGUCUGUGCGUUUGUGGAGACGGCCUACAUUUUACUGCAUGCUGACCAUACGCUUUGACGCGCCUGUGUCUGCUCUGAUUCUGAUUGACCACCUCUUUGCCGUGGCCACAACUGACCUGUGUUUCCAGCUCCUCGACGUCUACACAGGGACCAGGCGGAAGAAGUUUGAACCUCCCCUGGGACCACUCCAUUGUCUAGCU